UUGUUUUUUUGACACUGAAACAUGCAAAUUAUACAAAUUUGUCACUUGCGAGUAACAUAUAGUGCCAGUUUCGCUUCUCUUCUCGCAGAUUAAGAUGCUCUCCGGUGCAUUCAUGUUUUAAAGAGGCUGCCGAGCGGCCUCGCUCAGCCGUAUGGAGCUAACACAAUGAUUUGCAGGGCACGGACGGCUCGGGGAGUUUGGUGGGUGCCGAUGUCCGUCGUGCAAUAAAACUAAUUUCCAAGCAGCCGAUUCGGACCAAACCAGUCAGAGCAGGCAGUGUCGGUUACAAGCAAGAGGAGAGGUUUGAGUGCAAGUCCGGGGAUGCUUACGCGAGUCACCGGAGAUUUCCCCAGCAAAUGUUCUGGGAUUAUAAGCUGAAUCUGAUUGGGGAAAAGGACGAGUCGCCCAUGCACUUCUGCGACAAGUGUGGCCUCCCGAUUAAGAUAUACGGACGCAUGAUUCCCUGUAAACAUGUCUUCUGCUACGAGUGUGCCAUUCUGCAUGAGAAGAAGGCUGACAAGCUCUGUCCCGGUGUGUCCCUGUACAGCUGCACGGACGCGGUGCAGCGGAUCGAGCAGUGCCUGCGGGGGUCGCUCUUCAUGUGCAGCGUGGUGCAGGGCUGCAAGCGCACCUACCUGUCCCAGAGAGACCUGCAGGCCCACAUCAACCACCGCCACCUGAGGGCCGCCAAACCCGCCCCGGGCCGGCCCGCUGCGGCCCCUUCGUCAUCAUCAUCAUCCUCCUCCUCCGCCGAGCUGGCCGACCGCUUCCUCCUGCCCCCGCCCCUGCACCUGCCCAAACCGCACGCCUACGGGCCCCCCCACGACGACCCGCGCCCCGCCCUGACCCCCGACCCCUCCUCCCCGCCGCCCCGCUCCCUCGCGCAGGAGACCUACCGCAUCGCCACGGUGACCGUCCGCCAGCACAGCAACCUCAUCACCGUGCCGAUCCAGGAUGACUCCUCGGGCUCCGCCCCCUCCGACCCGUCCCGCGAGCCCCUCCCCCAGCCCGGCCACGCCCCGCCCCCCCACCACCACCCGGGCGACUUCUCCGCCGGGCCUGCAGUGACGCACGCCCACCACAUGAUGGCGCCACAGCAACACUACAGGCCGCCCCUGCCCCCGAUUACCCACCCCUUACAGGGCUCUGGCAGCGCCCACAUGGUCUACAACCAGGCCCCGCCCCCCAUAACCCCGCCCCCUGGACACAUCAUGAACCAGAUGCCCCCCCCUUACAUGAACCGCCCUCCCCCCGGGUCACUUCCUGUCAGUGCCCCGCCCCCGCUCCACUACAACCCCGGCUCCCUCCCGCCGGACCCGGGCACGCUCAGCCCCCCCUUCAGCCCCCCCGGGGGGAUCAGUCCUGGGAUGUGGCCCACCCCCCGGGGCCCCCCUCCGCCCCGAAUGCAGGGCCCCCCGCCCCCCGGCCCGAUGCCAGGGCCACACCACCCCGAUCAGGCCCGCUUCCGGCCCUAUUACCAGUAGGUCCCUGCCCCCGGACCGGAGCCAGCGACCUGCAGGACUGCAGUAAGAGUGCCCUGACCGCAGUGUACAGAAGUUAUUUUAUGCGGUUGUCAUGCAGUGCGUGUGUUGGCGUGUGUACCUGUGUGUGCGUGAGUGUGUGCGUGUCUGUGGACGUUGCUCUCGGCAUCACCGAACAUGACGAAGUGCACUGAAGUCUGUGUGCUGUUGCGGGUCAUUUUAUGGUCUGAAGUCAUCGCUCUUCUGUUUGGCACAAAGCUGUGGCCGGCUUGAGCCUGGGAUUGUCUUGCUUUCGUCCUGUGUUUAGGAUUUAACUGUACGAUUCAUGUCUGAGCCUCAAGAAAUUGGGAAACAAACAUUCACGGAUCCAAAUGUAUUUAUUCCAAAACGCUUUGCCGCCAUUUACUUCAUUUGGGCACUCGAUUCGGAUAUAUUUUAGACUUUUGGACAACGUCAACCAUAUCUGGUUUACACAUCACUGGAAACAAUUGUGAUCAUUGCAAUCACAACAUUUGUCUUGUGUUAAAUAUCUUUGUACAGGAAAAAAAUAUAUACAUAUAAAUAUUUUAUGUAUUCUUAUUUAAUAUAAUUACUUUUUUAAAUUGAAAUAAAAAAAUCUUUGUGGA